AUGGGUAUUCCUAAGUUUUUUAGAUUUAUAUCGGAAAGAUGGCCCUUGAUCUCGCAAUUGAUUGAUGAGAAGCAAAUACCCGAGUUUGACAACUUGUAUCUUGAUAUGAACUCAAUCUUGCACACGUGUACUCACUCCAACGACGGUUCAAUAACACGCAUAUCAGAUGAUCAAAUGUACGCUGCAAUAUUCAAUUAUAUUGAUCAUUUAUUCAGCAUAAUUAAACCGAAAAAGACAUUUUACAUGGCAAUUGAUGGCGUUGCACCAAGAGCAAAGAUGAAUCAACAAAGAGCAAGGAGAUUCAGAACUGCAUACGAAGCGGAAAUUAAUUUGAAAAAAGCUAUUGAAAACGGCGAUGAGCUUCCAAAGGAGGAUCCCUUUGAUUCCAACUCGAUCACACCAGGUACCGAAUUUAUGGCUAAAUUGACGGAAAACUUAAAGUACUUUGUGCAUAAGAAGAUAACAGAGGACUCAAGGUGGGCAAAUAUUGAAAUUGUAUUGAGUGGUCACGAAGUUCCAGGGGAAGGUGAACACAAGAUUCAAGAAUUCAUCAGAGCUGUCAGAUCUCAAGACGGUUAUGACCCUAACUUGAGGCAUUGUAUUUACGGAUUGGACGCAGAUUUGAUCAUGUUGGGAUUAGUAAGUCAUGAUCCUCAUUUUGCAUUGUUGCGUGAGGAGGUUACCUUUGGAAACCGCAAGAGCUCUUCGGGGCCAAAGGACGUCACUGAUCAAAAAUUCUUUCUUUUACAUUUAUCAUUAGUGAGAGAGUAUUUGGAAUUGGAGUUCAAAGAGGUUGAGGAACAGAUUAGCUUUGAGUAUGAUUUCGAAAAAGUUUUGGAUGAUUUUAUUCUUAUCAUGUACGUCAUUGGUAAUGAUUUUUUACCCCAUCUACCUGAUUUGCAUUUGAACAAAGGUGCAUUUCCUUUAUUGAUAUCAACAUUUAAACAAAGUUUACUUCAAUCUGACGGGUACAUCAACGAGGAUGGUAAAAUAAAUUUGAGGAGGUUGAACAUUUGGGUCCACCAUUUGUCUGAUUUUGAAUUCGAAAAUUUUGAGGAGAGAGAGGUUGAUGUUGAAUGGUUCAACAAGAAACUUGACGAUGUUUCUAUAUCAGGAGAGAAAAAGAGAAAAAAAAUUGGUAAAUUGUUGAUCUUGAAGGAACAAAAGAAAUUGGUUGGCUUUAUCAAGCCUUGGCUUAUGGAAGUCUCGAGUCAUCCUGUCAGCAAACUUAUUCAAUUGGACAAUGAAGAGAAAUUGCCAACUUUGAAGUUGAACAAAGAGGACGUGGAGAAAAAUUUGGAAUUUCUCAAGCAGUUUGCAUUGGAAGCCGGGUUUUUGAUUAUUCAUUCAAAAUUAGAUGAUGCUUAUGUGGCCAAGUUGGACAUUGACGGGUUGUCACCAUCAGAAUCGGAAGAGGAUUACGACGAACGUAUUAGUGAAUUAAGAAAGGCUGUCAAGUCGUAUCAAACGGCAAAUUUAGUUGAAAGUCAGGAUGUUCUUGGUGAAACCAAGGGUGUGUAUGAAGAGAAAUUCAAGUCAUGGAAAAACAAUUACUACGAAGAAAAGUUGAACUUUUCUAUUGACAACAAAGAAAAAUUGACCGAGAUGACCGAGCAUUACAUUGAAGGGUUACAAUGGGUCUUGUAUUAUUAUUAUCGCGGUUGUCCAUCAUGGAAUUUCUAUUACAGAUACCACUAUGCUCCAAGGAUCUCAGACAUUUCUGUCGGGUUAGAAGAAUUAAUUAAGAAAGGAGUUGAUAUUACAUUUGAAAAAUCAAAACCGUUCAAACCAUUUGAGCAAUUGAUGGCUGUGCUUCCAGCAAGAUCCAAAAAAUUAAUGCCAGCUGUAUACAGACCAUUAAUGACAGAUGAAAAAUCGCCCAUUAUUGGUUUCUACCCACACGAGGUAGACAUCGAUAUGAAUGGUAAGACAGCUUCUUGGGAGGCUGUUGUUUUAUUGGAUUUUGUUGAUGAAAAAAAGUUGCUUGACGCUUUGAAGCCUAUUGAAUCAAAGUUGACACCUGAAGAAACAAAGAGAAAUUCUUAUGGAAAUAAUAUCAAAUUUAUUAACAACCCACAAAUUGAUAAAGUGUAUCCUUCGCCAUUGCCGGGAUUUUUCCACGAUAUAGAGCAUGACAAAUGUUAUGAGACAGUGUUUGUUUUACCCGAAGUAGUGGAACCUAAGAUUGGUAAAUUAGAAGAAGCACGUACCGGUACUGAUCUACUGGCUGGGUUCCCAACCUUACAGUCAAUUCCCUUCACUUUUGAGUUGGCAUUGAAUGAAGUGAAGGUAUUUAACUUUUCAUCCAAAUCGGAAUCCAUGGUUUUGAACGUGGAGAAUGUGUGGUCAGAUAUGACUCUGCAUCAAUUUGCCCAAAGCUUUGCCGGUAGAUUGAUUUAUGGCAACUGGCCGUUUUUGAGAGAGUGCAAGGUUGUGAGAGUUGAAGAUGGCGAAAACAGUUAUGAGUCAGUGAGGAAUAUCAAAGGUUUCAAACAUGUGGUUACUACUGAAAUGAAUCCAGAAGAAAAAAGAAUAUACCGCUCUACAUGUAACAAUUUGAAUUACUUUUGGGACAAGACAAAAGGUGUGAAACUUGGACAAAUCGAAGUAUUGGUCCAUGUAAAGGCUGUGAAUGGGUUGAUUAGAAACCUGAAAGGUGCAUACGUCAAGACAUACUCUAAGGAUGUUGAAAUUUUCCCAUUGCAGUUGAUUGUUAAGGAUGUUACUCACAAGGAUCAAAGAUUUGCUACCAGACCACCCUUGCCAGUUGAAGAGGAAUUUCCAUUGCGCUCCCAGGUUAUUUUCCUUGGUGAUUUAGGAUAUGGAGCUCCAGCACAAGUUGUCGGUUAUUCUGGCGAUAAAUUGAGUAUUAAAGUCUCAAAAAUCUCUUCAGUGGCUGAACCCAAUAUCGGAAAGAGGAGACAAAGCAUUGAAGCGAAACAGAUCAGCUAUGUCCCAUCGUUUGAUGUUGGUAAGAAGCUUGGAAUCAAUCCCCUUUUGUUGUCAAAAAUCACAAGUCAGUAUAUGAUCCAAGAUGGUAAUAAAAAAAUCAAUAUUGGAUUAGAGUUGAAAUUUCAAAGCAAAAGACAAAAAGUGUUGGGAUAUACCAGACAACUGGCUAACGGAAAGUUUUGGGAGUUUUCUCCAUUGGCGAUUAACUUGAUCCAAACUUACAAGCAAAAGUUUCCAAAGUUGUUCGCCAAAUUGUCUCAAUUGAAAGGAUCAGAUAUUCCAAACUUGAAGGAUGUGUCAGAUGCGGAUGAAAUUCAAGAAGUUAAAAAAUGGUUGAAAGAAGUCAAGGCUGAUUUGAUCCCAGUUUCUCUAGAAAGUCAAUCAUUUACUAAAUUCAGUUUUGCUUCUAUUGAGCAAUACAUGGAAAAUUACGUCUUAAGUCAAGUGCCUAUGAUUAACAAAGAUAUUAGGGGUGUUCCCAGAAACGCAAUCCUUAAUGCCAGCGAAUCUUACCAGUUGUUAAGUGAUCAAAAGUUUGAUUUAGGUGAUCGUGUUGAAUAUGUGCAAGAUUUCGGAAAGGUUCCAAUCAUGUCGAAAGGAACAGUUGUAUCUAUAAUCACUGUUGGUUCGAAGACUUCAUUGGGUGUCAUUUUUGAUGUGCCACAAUUGAGUGGAAACAAUAUGAAUGGAAAACUUCAAACCAAUCGUGGUCUUUCAUUGGAUUCCUCGUUAGUUCUCAAUUUGAGCAACAAACAGUUUGUUUAUCACUCUAAAGCUUCCAAACAAAGAAAGAUUAUAAGUGAGGAAGAAAAAGUUGCUCGUAUCAAGGCAGCUCAAGCCAAGAAGUUGUCCAAGCCUCAACCGCGGGCACCAUCAGACGAGAAGAAUAAAGCUUCAAACCCACUAAGUGCAUCAGCACAAGCUAAUGAAAAGGUGGAACCUAAAUCCAAGGGAUCUAAUGAGUUGUUAUCUUUGUUGAGGAAGAAACAGUCAGAUGAGUCAAACGAUAGCUCUAAAGCAACAAAGAUUGCCGAAGAAUCACAAGAUGAACAAAAUCAAAUGCACAAUCCACAAGCUGCAAAACAGAUUUACAGUCAGAUCUUCUCAAAUGUUAUGAGUGAAGGUAAUCAUCCAGUCAAUGGGGGACAUUACGCUGCAAGUGCUCAAAAUGGUUCUCAAUACGGCCAACCAAUCCCUCCUGCUCCUUAUGGAUUCGCACCAGGUGCUUACUACCAGCAACCUCCUUAUUCAGCCUCAUCAUCUGCCUUUACACCUCAAUACACCCAGCCUCAACAACCAACACCCGGAUUUAAGGGCGGUUCUGCUGCUGAAUCGAGUGGUGAAAAUAGACAACCCAAUGCUAUUGAUAGAUUUUUGAACGCUGCGAAGAAAUCGGAAGUUAACGUCAAAGAGGACCAAAAGGGCAAGGAAGACAAUAAAAAAUGA